AACUGUAGCUUUAUCAUUAGGGAGGUUUACGUUAAUGGCAUGUAACCAAACCAGACCAAUUCCUGCUUGCAUUAAGGGUGUGAUAAGCAAUUACUUCACACUUACCGAAACUCUUAUGAUUUCAAGCACUGGGUUUCUCACGCUGCAUUACAUAGUGACUGACUACCAGCAUGUUUAAAUUGCCUAAAUGAAAGAUCCUGUAAAGGCAUUACCUUUCUACCAUCAUGAUACACGAUGAAACCCCACUGUUUGAUCCUCAGCUGCUUGAGGAAAUUGACUGGAGUCAGAACACUGUAUCCUUCUGUCCCGCCAUCACGCCCCUUCAUCCUGGUGAUGGCCUCAUUCUUAGGCCACUUUGCAUAGCUGACUUGAACCGAGGUUUUUUUAAGGUGCUCAGCCAGCUAACAAAAGUGGGAGAUGUUACUCCAGAGCAAUUCAUCAAAAAAUUUGAACACAUGAAGAAAUCCGGUGAUUAUUUUGUUACUGUAGUAGAAGAUGUAAAUCUAGGCCAGAUUGUGGCCACAGCAACCCUCAUUGUGGAACAUAAAUUUAUACAUGCGUGUUCAAAGAGAGGUCGUAUAGAAGAAGUGGUUGUUAGUGAUGAAUGUAGAGGAAAACAGUUAGGAAAACUCUUAUUAUCGGUGCUUACAUUGCUAAGUAAAAAACUGGACUGCUAUAAGGUUACACUGGAGUGCAAGCCAAAAAAUGUUGCUUUUUAUGAAAAAUUUGGCUAUGUUGCAUCAGAUGAAACCUACAUGCAGAGAAGAUUCUGUGACUAACUUCAUUGGAAACGUGGUACCAAUUUUUCAAAGAAUUAAGCCUGGGAAUAAUACUCUAAAGGACUUUCGGUCUCUGUAAAUAGCAGAAGUAAAUAAAACAUUAACUCGUUGACGGAACAACAGAGUUAGAAAUAAUAUUGGAAAGGGUUCUUGGUUGUUCUUUUUAAAUGCAAAAAAAAAUAAUCUAUUUUAUAUCUAUUUUCUUUCUAUUGUAUUUUUCUAAAAUGAGUAAACCAGUAAGUUUGUGUUUAUGAGAUAUAUAGUUGGCUGUGGGUUAUUAAUUUUUUUUGUUUGUUUUAUCAAUCUGCUUCAGUGCAUAAAAGAAAUGUCUAAAAUAUUCUAAAAUACCUCUUGAGGUUUUAGAGCUGUAUUUAUUGCACAAGGAGGCAGUGUGGAAUGCCACGGACUUAUUUUUCUUCAUGUCAUUCUAUACAAAUAAUUUAAAUAACAAUAUGUUUACAUUUAUCUUGGAGAAUAUGGGUUGUAGGAUUGCCAUUUUAUUCAAUAGUAAACUAGUUUUUUACUCAGGGUAUGCUAUAUGCUGUUAUAGUCAAAGUUUGUAAGGGAAAUUGAGAGAUGCUCUGUUAAAUUUAAAGGGACAUAAAACCCACAUUUUUUAAUUUCAUGAUUUAGAAAGAGAAUGCAAUUUUAAACAUCUUUUUAAUUUACUUAUAUUAUCUAAUUUGUUUUAUUCUCUUGAUAUUCUUUGCUGAAAAGCAUAUCUAGAUAUGCUCAGUAGCUGCUGAUUGGUUGCUGCACAUAGAAGCCGCGUGUGAUUGGCUCACUAUGUGCAUUGCUUUUUCUUCAACUAAGGAUAUCUAAAAAAUGAAGCAAAAUAAAUAAUAGAAGUAAAUUGUAAUGUUGUUUAAAUUUCUAUUCUCUAUCUGAAUCAUGAAAGAAAGAUUUUGGGUUUUGUGACCCUUUAAAUUGAACCAAACUAGGAUUAAAGGGAUAUAAAACCCAAUGCUUUUCUUUCAUGAUUCAGAUAGAGCAUGCAAUUUUAAACAACUUACUAAUUUCUAUUAUUAAUUUUCUUUGUUCUCUUGGUAUCUUCUGUUGAAAAGCAGAGCUGUAUGCUUAGGAGCUGGACCAUUUCUGGAGCACUAUUUGGCAGCAGUUGUGCAAGAAAGUGAUUAAUUUACAAGAGCACUAUUUCCUGUCAUGUAGUGCUCUAGAUGCCUACCUAGGUAUCUCUUUAACACAGAACAUCAUGGGAACAAAGUCAAUUUGCUAAUAGAAGUCUGUCUGAAUCACAAAAUAACAUUUUUGGGUUUCAUAUCCCUUUUAAUAAUAAUGAUUUUAUUCAGUGAAAUUGUAAUUAUGCAUAGAAAUAUACUUUCAUUUUUAGUUUGAUUGCUUUUCCUUUCAUUUAAAGGGACAUUAAAAUAUGUUUUAUAUAUGCAUCAAAUGAUUAAUUGCAUUGCAGAAGAUCUGCAUUUAAAAUAAAUGUUUUAAACCAUUUAAAACUCAGGUUUUGCAGACCCGAGUUACAUCCUUUGAAAAGCCUCUGGAAAAGGCAGUAACAUAAAUGUGCUCUGACACGUGUCAGCCAAUCGGACGCAUGUAGGAAUGUCAAGGUUCUGCACUCUAGUCUCUAGGGGGUGCAAACAAUCUGUUUAAAUUACAGGAAAAGCAGGCAAAAUAAAUAGUGAAAGUACAUUGCAAAGGUAAAUUAUGCAGAAUUAAAGAUUUCACAAAAAAUUACUUUUUCAUUAUUAUUAUUUUUUUUUUUUAAAGUGUUUGGGUUUUUUUAAGGCAAAAAAAUGUGGUUACUUCCCCCAAGAGAUGAAAAUCCUGCUGGAUCAAGAAGUUUGACCUUGCAACCUAUUAAACAGUGACUGCUUGAUCAGUGCAGAAAUAUUUUUAUAUCUGUCCAUAACUGGCAAAGGAGAUUGGAAAUACAAUUCCAUGGUGUUUUUAAGGGGUUUGUCACUGGAAAGCAAAGCAAUGCAAAAUGUACUAGUAACAUUUUUAUAAAAAAAAAUAUGCUUUUAAAACAUUUACUUGCAAUGCAGCACUUAAUUGCUAACCUGUACCAUGCAUCCUUUUAAUGAGAAGUUGGCCAAUGCGAUUAAUAAAUAUUUCCAAAGAUGUGCAAGAAAAUGUAAGUUAAGGCACAAAAACACAUUUUAGGUGAAUAUAAUCCAAAGUUGUCACUUGUGGACAUGGUCUUAACAAUAUAAUAUGUCUUUGUUCCAUAAAUAGAUAUUUUGUCACAUUAGAUCAGAGGUGGAGAAACUUUUAUUCCCGAAAGUCACUUUACAAAAAUGUAAAUUGAUGUUUUGAAAAUAAUAAAUCUGAUAAUUGAGCCUUGUUCAUUCUAUUUAAAGGGACAUGAAACUGCCAGGUACAACUACAGUAGCUACAGUUACUACUCACCAUGCUAGCGUUUUCCUGUAACUACAGCACUUUUUGGCCAUUCUACUAUUAUAACCCAUUAUUAGAGGCUAGUUAGUAAAGCUCUGCAUCUUUAUACUGGUUGCCGCCAUCUUGGUGCGCACAUAUUGUUGCAUCCUGUGACAGAAGCAGUGCACUUUUGCAGGGUAAUAAUGUUACUGGUUUUGGACAGCUUUACCUUGCAGUUUUGUAUUAGUUUUCACAAUAGAAUGGAGGGAAGUUACAGUUUUGGCAUUUUCUUACACAAGAAAGGCAACAAUUUCAUGAUCUGUGACUUUGCACUGCUUCUGUCACAUGGUACAAAAAAUACUUAAAACUCCAUGAUGGUGGUGCUCAGUGUGAGGAUGCAGAGCUUUGCUAACCAAUAAGAGAACAGCUUUGAAGAGAACUGUAGGUACAAGAAGAAAAACAAUAGCAUGGUCCAUAGUAACCAUACUACUAUAGAUGCAUCUAGCAGUAUAUUAUUGAUCAUUUUUCAUUACCCUCUUUCUCCCUCUCUCCUUCUGGUUUAUGAGCCUCAGCAGUAUCUCUGGACCUGAGAUUUUUCACACGUGUUGGGUGAUCUUCAAUAAGCAUGGGUGAAAAUUCGGAAAUAUGUAUGCAGGCAGCAGCAUUCAGCUAUAAUUGCCACUGGAUAUAUUGGUGUAAAAGUGCACUUUCACACUAUUAUAUCCAGCACCAAAUCUACCCAAAUGUCACUGCCUACAGCCAAAUUCAGCAUUUGUUUAGCAAACCAAAUACAAAUUUUUGCCAAUGCCUAAACUUGAAUAUGCUACUACAGUCCUUAGAAAGGAAAGAUUAAGGGCUCGACAAACCCAGGGAACCCCACUAGCUUCUAGCAUUUUACCCCUGGUUCCUAACUUAUUUUGGGUUACUCUCUAUAUUCAAAUACCAGUGCCUGGCUCCUAAAUAUUCUUACUGGCACCUACAGAUUUGUGGACCCCAUUCAUUUAGGUUAUAAUAAGAUUCAUUUUAUCACAAAGAAAAAAUAAAUUGCUAAUAUAUAUUCAGGUUUGUAUCCUUAAUAAAGUUUAUAUUAGGAGCUUAAUAAUCACAAGGUACGAAUUAGUACUUUAUUGUAUUUUUUUAUUUUUUUUUAAGCAAGUUUUGUUCUUUAAUUUAUUGGAAUUUAUUUAAGGUACAAUAAAACAUUUUUAAAGAUA